AUGCCUUUGUGGGAAUUGUUUCCCUGCCCGCUAAAACGGCAAAGAAGCCAAAGAUCUGCACGCAGCAGUACCUCGUCUGCCAGACGACGACAAAAUGAAGAUGGCUGUGUCACCUGUUUAAGAGGAACGUUACACUGCUACAAUGUAUUUAUUCUGUUAGUCGGAUGUGCAGCAUUAGGUAUAGGUAUAUGGCUCCUGGUUACAGACUUCGGGGCCAGAAAGGUGACACCCAUCGUCGGCAACCAACUGUACGAGGUAACCACCUACUUGUUGAUAGCAGGCGGAGGAGCUGUAGCACUGCUGGCCUUCUGUGGCUGUUGUGGAACUAUACGAGAGGAUAAAUGCGUGCUUUCUUUUUAUGGAACAACUUUAGCAAUUGUUCUCAUUGUUUUAGUGGCAGCGUGUGGUCUGGCUUUUUUCUUUAGAGGAGAGCUUGCGUCAAAAAUCCAACACCGCAUGCGAGAUACAUUGUCUGUAAAUUAUGGUUAUGAAAUUCGCACCAAUUCCGAGAACAGACGAAUUACAGAAGCUUGGGAUGCUAUGCAAAGACAGCUGAAAUGUUGUGGAGUGGUGGGAAAUGUUACCUCAUUUGAUUCCUGGAUGUAUUACUUGUCAAAGACCAAGUGGUCAGGAGUCAAAAAGAGUCCAAACAGGCGAGUGCCGGAUAGCUGCUGCGCACCUGGUGAUAUCAAUUUGUGCAUAGGAGAGACAGAGUUUCAAGGUCCUCCGCGCUUUUUUCAGGGACACCGAGAAGAAUUAAGAAAAACAAAUCCUUAUUUAUAUACCGAUGGCUGCUAUGACGCAUUAAUAAACUACUUAGACACCUACUCAGCAGUUGUUGGUGCUGUAGCUGCCGUUGUGCCUCUGUUUUUGGUUUUUGGAAUCGUGAUUUCAUUCUGCUUGUGUGCUCGAGUCACGGGAUAUGCCCAGGAGGACGACGUAUAA